AUGACCCAGCUCCCGAACAAACAAACGGCCCUUACCUUUGGAAGUGAUGGAAACUUGCGGGUCUCCCACGAAGCCCAGGUGGCCACACUCAAGCCAGAUAUGAUUAUUGUUAAAACAGCAGUGGUAUCGGUAAAUCCCGUUGACACUAAGAUGGAAGCUGGGUUUUCAAAACCUGGCCUGAUCGGGGGGUGUGACUUUGCCGGCGUUGUUGUGGCAGUGGGCUCAGGGGUAAAACGAAAUGUCAAAGUUGGCGACCGAGUUAGCGGCGCAGUGAUGGGAUCUGAUCCCCUGGACCCUUCGUCUGGAGCUUUUGCAACUUAUGUCAGUGCCCCGGCCGACAUAACCCUGACUCUUCCCGAAAAUGUUCCCUGGUCUGUCGGUGGAGCGAUGUCCACUAUCUGGUUCACUGCUGGCCAAGCCUUGUUCCAAAAUCUCCUGGCAGAGCUAGAUGUCUGGCCAAUACUGCGCCCGGCAAAGGAACCCAAGACUGUUCUUGUUUACGGCGGAAGUACUUCAGUAGGGACAACUGCGAUUCAACUUCUCAAACUCGCGGGUCUCCGCCCUAUAGCAACUUGUUCUCCCAAAAACUAUGAGCUGGUCAAGAGCUACGGAGCGGAAGAAGUCUUCGAUUAUCGCUCCUCAACCUGUGCUGAAGACAUCAAAAAGGCAACUAGGAACAACUUGAAAUAUGCACUUGACUGCAUCUCGACGAAGGGUUCGAUUGAUAUCUGCUAUGGAGCCAUUGGCCGCGCUGGCGGUCACUACACCUCCUUAGACCCUUUCUGGGAGUCAACAGCAAAUACUAGGAAGGCCAUUAAGGCUACGUGGAUUGUGGGCAUAUCAAUGCUGGGUAAAGAUAUUGCUUGGCCACCACCUUAUGAACGGCCAGGCAGCGAGGAAACAAGGGCGUUCGGCGGGAAACUGGCUCAAAUCCUCCAGAAAAUACUCGAUGAGAAAAAGAUGAAGCCGCAUCCGCUUAGAAUCAAGGAACAGGCAACAUGGCAUGACGUCCUCGAGGGGCUGGACGAGGUGAAAUCAGGAAGAGUGUCGGGGGAGAAGCUUGUUUUCGUUUUCUGA